AUGCAGAGGAUGGACCCGUAUUCCCGCCACAAGAAGUUCAUCAACGACUAUGUCUUGACUCUGGGCAAGGAAGGAGUUCAACGUUACAUCGAGAAGAACAGGCCGUCGGUAGGCAAAACAGACUAUGAUGUCCUGCAUGAAAACUAUAGGUUCAUUCGGAAACCAGAAGAAGAUGACUUGUCCAAGUGGGAAGUGAGAAUGGCUGUCAAGUAUUAUGAGAAGCUUUACAAGGAGUACUGUAUUGCUGACAUGAGCAAGUAUAAGAAAGGGCAGAUAGCAUUGCGUUGGAGGACGGAGAAAGAGGUAUUUGUUGGAAAGGGACAGUUUGUCUGUGGCAACCAGGCCUGUGAUGCCAGAGAUGAGUUACAGAGCUUCGAGAUGAACUUUGCCUACAAGGAGGCGGGUGAGAAAAAGAAUGCCCUUGUCAAGCUAAGAGUUUGUCCCGAUUGUGCGAUCAAGAGGACACGCAAAGCUCAAGUUCGGACUCUGAAGAAUCUGAAGAAGAGCAAGAAGAUGAAGGCCAUUGGGAAGAAGUAA